AUGAAAGAAGUUCUAACGCUAAAUAAACCAUGUUACGUAGGAAUGAGCAUCUUAGACUUAUCUAAGACUUUAAUGUAUGAUUUUCACUACAACACCAUCAAGAAGGAGUACGGUAAUAACUCAAGGUUACUGUUCACUGAUACUGACAGUCUAAUGUACGAACUGAAGACGGAUGAUGUUUAUGAGGACUUUAAGAGAAUUGGUGAAAAGCAAAGCUGUUGGGAUAAUUCAGAUUAUCCAAAAGAAUCUCCGUACUACUCAACUCACAACAAGAAGGUUAUAGGUAAGUUUAAGGAUGAAGCUGAAGGAGUACCUAUAAUUGAGUUUGUUGGGUUGAGGUCAAAAAUGUAUUCCUAUGUAAAGGAAAACGGUGGGGGUGGAAUGACAGCUAAAGGGGUUAAAAA